CGUGCAUCUUCACUGAGACUACACAACGCAGACGCCAGCAUCUUAUGCUGACCAAAGAGAAGUUGACUGACAGUUGGUGACAUCCGUCCGUUCAGUUCUUUCCAAUCAGGCGUCCAAAAUGUCACUGGGAGUGAAGGAGAAGACCCAGGUGCGUCUUGUCUUCCUGGGGGCGGCCGGAGUGGGCAAGACGGCCCUGAUACGCCGCUUCCUGCAGGACACGUUUGAAGCCAAACACCGGCGCACGGUGGAGGAGCUCCACAGCCGGGAGUACGACAUUGGCGGCGCCAAGAUCACCGUGGAGAUCCUGGACACCAGCGGCAGCUACUCCUUCCCGGCCAUGCGCAAGCUCUCCAUCCAGAACAGCGACGCUUUUGCGCUGGUCUACGCCGUGGAUGACCCUGAGUCUCUGGAGGUGGUCAAGAGCCUGCGGGAGGAGAUCCUGGAGAUCAAGGAGGACAAGUACACGCCCAUCGUGGUGGUGGGCAACAAGACUGACCGCGGGGGAGAGAGGCGGGUGUCUGAAGAUGAUGUGCUGUCCAUCGUGGAGAUGGACUGGAACAACAGCUACCUGGAGGCUUCGGCCAAGGACAACGUCAACGUGGUGGAGGUGUUCAAGGAACUCCUGCAGCAAGCCAACCUGCCGAGCCGCCUCAGUCCGGCUCUGCGUCGACGCAGGGAGACCUUGCCCAAACACGCCGGCUUCAGGCCCCCCAUGAACAAGACCAACAGCUGCAUCCUGUCCUAAUGGCAGAGAUGAAAAGAGGACAUGUUCAAAAGUGGGCGGCAAGUGAAGAGCGCUCUCCUCCAGGCUUCUUAACCCUUAAGUGGAGGACACCAGCAGAAGUGACUCAGACUAAGAAAAUAAAAUAAAAUACACUUUGUUGUAGUGCUGGUUGGUGCGUACUUGUUGCCAUUGAGAACAAUGUAAGACUUAAAAGGCUGUCUAACUGUUGUACUUAAUAUACAUCAUGUUGUAACCUAUGUGUGAGAUUUUUAUUAAGCUACGUCUUUUUUCUAAUUGUGCAUGAGUCAUUACUUUUUGGUAAUAUGUUUCAAAAAGCACAUUAACAGUGUAAAUACACAGCUUUUUUUAAGUUUAUUGAUUCGUUAAUGAAGUUUUUUGUGUAUUUUUUUAUCAUCUCAUUGUUCUGCUGUUGUGUUAAAUGAUUGUGUAUUGUAAGUUUAAAAAUGCAAAUAAAAUAUGGUGUUUGACUCUA